CAGGUAAAAAGUGAAGUUUAAUGAGUCUCUUGAAAGAAUUAGGACAUCGAUUUAUUAUGAAUGAAUUAUAAAUGUAUAUGUUAACUUUAGGGGCUUACGGAGGAGACAAUACUUAUUCCGUGACCUUAGAGAUUAAGGUGGUUAUGUUUUGAUAAUUUCCGCGCGUGUGGGGUGCACCUCGUCAGAUAUUGAACAUUAUCACAGAAAUAUAACAUUAUUAACUAAUUUUAUUGCAAUGCACUGUACAUACUUAUAUAGAUGAAAGAAUAUGAAUAAUAAAUACUAAACACAAUAGUUUCAGCAAAAGUCCGACAUGUAACGAGAAAAGCAGAGUGACAUAUUGUACUGACCUUGAGAAAUCUGUGAUCAUCUCCAACUUCGAGCGCAGAGGCUGGGUCCAGGUAGGUCCCGAUGAUGAGUGGAACUUCUACUGGUCCUUCACCACCAACUGCCGGAAUAUAUUCAGCAUAGAAAGCGGCUACAGAAUGAAUGAUAACCAAAUUAUAAAUCACUUCCCAAACCACUAUGAACUGUCAAGGAAGGAUUUGCUCGUGAAAAACAUCAAGCGAUACAGAAAAGACCUAGAAAAAGAAGGUAGCCCUUUAGCUGAGAAGGCCGAGGUACAACUACCAAACGGUCAUAUCGUCACUCGAUAUAUCCAUCUAGAUUUUAUACCUGUGACGUAUGUGCUGCCCGCCGACUACAAUAUGUUCGUCGAGGAAUACCGGAAAUCUCCUCAAAGCACUUGGAUAAUGAAACCAUGCGGCAAAUCUCAAGGCGCCGGAAUUUUCUUAAUAAACAAACUUUCCAAACUAAAGAAGUGGUCGCGUGAAGCGAAAACUCCCUUCCAUCCCCAAUUCAGCAGCAAAGAAAGUUACGUAAUAUCACGUUACAUCGACAAUCCGCUUUUGAUUGGUGGUAAAAAGUUCGAUCUGAGGUUAUAUGUGUUAGUGACGUCAUUUCGUCCUCUUAAAGCUUAUUUAUUUCAGCACGGGUUUUGUCGCUUUUGUACAGUUAAGUAUGACACAAGUGUUACUGAGCUCGACAAUAUGUACGUUCAUUUAACUAAUGUUAGCGUACAGAAGCACGGCGGAGAUUACAAUAGUCUGCACGGCGGAAAGAUGAGCAUUCAAAAUUUCCGUUUAUAUUUGGAAGGCACUCGCGGGCGAACGGUGACGGAUAAAUUGUUCGCGGAAAUGCAAUGGCUUAUCGUGCAUUCAUUGAAAGCAGUCGCUCCCGUAAUGGCAAACGAUCGUCAUUGUUUUGAAUGUUACGGUUAUGAUAUAAUUAUUGAUGAUGCGCUCAAACCGUGGCUGGUAGAGGUGAAUGCUUCGCCUUCGUUGCAAUCUACUACACACAACGAUAGAAUACUGAAGUACAAACUGAUUGAUAAUAUUGUGUCUGUGGUUGUGCCGCCGGAUGGCGUUCCAGACGCAAGAUGGAAUAAGACCCCGUCCCCUGACGCGCUCGGUGACUUCGAUUUAUUAAUCGACGAGGAGUUCAUGGAAAAGGAAGAAUGUAAUCUACGUCACUACAUAGCGAAUAGUCGCCGCUUUAGACAGUAAUUUUAUUUUUUUACGUUAUCGAAUGUUUUUUGGAUUGUGAUUUAUAAGUAAAAUGUUAAAAAUUUGUAACGGGA